GACAUAGAAGUCCUUCCGGGUCAAAGUUGAUUCCGUUCCAUCCAUAUGUGAUUCACGUGUUUACAUGGACAUUUGUAUUUGUAGCAAAGUAUCGGUGACAUUGGCAUCCGAAUACAUUUAUUUCAUUCUGUUAUAGUAAAAGCAGAGUGCCGAUAUGUCGCAAAGUGAAGCUCAGACUUCAGUAGCAAAGGAGAAAGUUUCAACGUACCAGUGUCCGGCUGAUUUUAUGUCCUUUUCAUAUGAUUCCUCUGCUAAUGCCUUAUGGGACGGAGAUGAACAGAAAGAAUUAUGGCUCAUCAAAGCUCCAGCUAAUUUUAAUCCUAAAAGCUUUGAAGACCUCAAAAUUCCCUUAUCAGGACUGGAAAUGGUCCAGUCUUGUGGCACGACACCUAAGACCUACAGCAUCCUCGGUGAUAGGACGGCACCAUCAGACCUCCAUCUGCUCGUUUCCAAAGGAAAAAAACGUAAGCCUUCUCUCUGUUCCUCUGGCUUCAGUGGUGUCCUCAAGAUCUCUAAGAGCCAUGAAAACUGCAAUGAGAACCAAGUCCCUGUUCCCAUCCCAUCCACUCCUGCUCCGUGCAUCCCAGCUGGUCUCAAGCAACGUUUCCAGCCUUUUGGUAGUACCGUUGCAGCUCACGUGGAAGAUGAAGUCACUGUAGUUUCUCCAACUGCACCCAAGAGAACUAGGCCGGAUCCAAAUGAGGGCGAGGAGCAAAAAAAGAAGAAAAAGAAAAAGAGAGACAAGAGGGAAGAGAACAGUGAAGUUUUUAUCAAGCAAGAACAGAUGCAAAUUGACUGCGAUCAGUUACAUCCAUCUGAACUGAUGGAGGAAGAGCCAAUGGAGGAGGGGAGGAGGAAGAAGAAAAAGGUUAAGAAAGAGAAGGAAAGAUCGAGUGAAGACAUGCUUGAUGAAAGUUUAAUAUUCAAAACAGAGCCACUGGAUUCUUCUUAUGAUUAUAAUGACACCCCAGGGAAAACUAAAAAGAAGAAAAAGAAGAGUAGUCGACAUGAGUAGACUGUUAAAAGAACUUGAAAUGUUCUAUACAUUUUGUUUGUCAUGUUCACAAAUGCUUACUGUGAUAUUUAACUGUCAAAAUACAAGUAAGAAAUAAGUAUUUCUAACUGUGUCUGUCAUAAAACAAUUCAACGAUUCUGUACAACACUCA